GUGUAAAUCGGCCUGGUUUAACCUACCGGUCCGUGGUCUGAGCCGCGAAGUGCAUUAAAAAAAUUAAAAUAGUGAGAAUUUUGUGCUCAUCCUUAAGAUGAUAAAAAAAAGGCGGUAAGAUCGAACGUGUGAUUCUCGCGCGUUUCCCUCGGUUUUUAGUGGCAUAUAUACAUAUUUAUAUAUGUAUAUAUAUUUUUUCCACGAUUGUUCGACGCUGUUGAUAAGCGACGUCGUCGUCGAGUCGUCGUCGUCGUCGUCGUCGUCGUCGUCGACGAAGUCACCCGCGCCAACAUGACUUUACCCGGUUUAUCGUGCGCGUUUUAAACAUUAAUUUUUAUCCUUAUAAAAAGUGCAGUUUUAAAGUGAUCACUGUAAAAUGGCACAGGAGACCGACGAUAUUAAUUUGACACCGCAAGAAUUGCAGACUCUCUCCGAGCUCGACAGUCGCCAGUUUGGUUUUCUCAAACUCAACUCGGCGGAACAAAGCAAAAAGAAGGCUCUUGUUGUCCGUGCCAUCAAAUAUCUUGAACGCAUGCUGGUUCAAGCUCAGGCUGAAAAACAACGCAGAAAAAACGACUGCGUCAAAUACAGUGCCGAGGAUAGCAAAAACGACGAACCUGACAAGGGCAUCAGCAUUGAUCCCAAAACUUAUUGCAAGCUUGGACACUUUCAUCUACUUUUGGAAGACUAUGCCAAAGCAAUGUCAGCGUAUCAAAAGUUUUACACACUGAAAGGUGAUUACUGGACUGAUGCUUCGUUUCUGUACGGGCAAGGCCUGGUGUACUUUCAUUUCAACGCCUUCCAAUGGGCUGUCAAAGCAUUUCAGCAGGUGUUAUGGGUCGAUCCCGGGUUCCCUCGCGCCUGCGAGGUUCACCUUCGACUAGGUCUCAUGCUCAAGGUUCAUGCUGACUUCGAUGCUGCCUUCAAACACCUGACAUUAGCCCUAAUCGACGCCAGCACACCGGCUUCCUUCUCCAAACUCGAGAUCAAAUUUCACGUGGCACAUCUCUACGAGGUUCAAGGAAAAUACAAACUCGCUAAGGAACAUUACGAAGCUUUGCUCAAAGAAAAAUCACUACCGUCACACCUCAAAGCUGAUAUUUGUCGACAAUUAGGAUGGAUGUACCACGUCGUUGACUGCGCUAUCCUCGGUGUAACGAGACAACAAAAACAAGCGAUAGCGAUACACUGUUUGCAGCGCUCGAUCGAAGCCGAGCCGAAGAGUGGGCAAAGUCUUUAUUUAUUGGGACGCUGUUUGGCAGCUUCCGGCAAGGUUCACGAUGCUUUCAUCGCCUACAGGAACUCCGUGGAAAAGUCCGAGGGCAAUGCCGACACGUGGUGCAGCAUAGGCGUCCUUUAUCAGCAGCAAAACCAACCUAUGGACGCACUCCAGGCUUACAUAUGCGCGGUACAACUCGACAAAUCGCAUUCUGCCGCUUGGACGAAUCUUGGAAUACUGUACGAGAGUGUGAGCCAGCCGAAGGACGCGCUCGCCUGUUACGUUAACGCGUCCAGAGGUAACAACAAUACACCAAAUUUGGGAAGCACGACGACCACGAUCCCAGCUCCAACGACCACGACGAAUAACAACAACAACAACAACAACAAUAAUAACAAUAGCAACAACAACAAUAACAACAACGGCAAUAGCAACAGUGGCAGUCCCUUAACCUCUGGCCUUGGUGGAGCUAAGUCCGGUGGUAACGCACCCAUGAACCCGUCCCUUCAACAACGCAUUAAUUUCCUCCAGAGUCAUCUCAGCCAAGCACCUAUGCCUUCCAUCGCAGUCAAAAGACGGCAAUUGCCGUCGAUAGAGGAGGCUUGGAAUCUUCCAAUAAGCGCUGAAAUGUCGAGCCGACAGCAGCAGCAGCAGCAGCAGCAGCAUCAGCAGCAGCAGCAGCAACAACAGCAACAACAAGCGCAACAGCAACAGCCGCCGAGCGGCUCGGCGGGUUAUAAAUACACUGGCGGCCCCUCGGGGCCACCUCCGCCUUAUCCUCAAGGACAAGGACAGAAUAUUAGUACCAAACGAUUCAAGCCCGGGGAAGAUCCGUCGAUAGUGCAAGGAGGUCAGCAAAGGCCGCCGCCGUUUUACUUGUCGCCGCAGCAGCUCCAGAUGUUGCAAUUUUUGCAGCAAAAUCACGGCAGUCUGACGCCUCAGCAGCAGGGUCAUUUGAGUCAGUUGCAAAUGCAGUACAGAUCGAUGCAGCAGCACCAGCAGCAAAUGAGGCUUCAGCAGGCGCAGCAGGGAGGUCAGAGGGGAGGUUUGAGGCCAGGGCAGCCGGGAUAUCCGAGUAAUUAUCCGCACGGGCAGCAACCGGGGGUGAUAAAAAGUUACGGGAUUCCGCAGCAGCCUCAGGGCGGCGGAACUGUCGCUUUGCAAACGGGCUUCACCGAUUCGAGUGUCGUUUAUAAUGCUGCGGCGACCGGAAACACCCAGCAAACUCCUGGCAUGCCUUACAAAUCGGCCUCCGAUCCGAACUACCCGCAGCAGAGGCCUCAAAGCCAGUUCAGCCAACAGUAUCAAUCGAAUCAGUACGGCGCUCAGGGCUACACGCAAAUAACUUCGACGACGAGCAACUAUCCGGAAGGGGCGGCCGCUGGAAACAAAGAUCUCGGGGUUACGGAUCAGGAGCUCCAAGCUUUGCUCUCUCAGAACGACAUCGCGACCUCUUUCGCCGAGGAUCUCCUCAAACAUUUCGGCUCCGAAGAGCUUGAGGUCAAAGACGAAAGCUCCUCGAUCAUGAACAAUGGAACCUUGAGCUCCGGGCCAUUCUCACCUUCGAAUCUCGAGGAAAACAGCAACGAGAAUUCCUCCGAAAGGCUCAAAGACGUGAAAGUGGAAAAAAUAGACAGCGAUAGCGGUUGCUACGAUAAAAAUCAGGGGAAAAAUCUUGCUCCCGAUACCGUCAAGUGCGAGGCUACUUCGAGCACGAAUAAAAUUGAAAAUAGUAGAAACGAGCCCGUUCUCAAGCUCGAAAGCCUGUGCGAGCCUCAAACCGAAGCUGAAAUAACGAUCGAGAUGGACGCGAAAAGCGUCCUCGAAGCCUGCAAAGGCCAAGGACUCAAAGGCGUUCGGAAUUGCUCGAUUCUCAGCGAUCGCUCUCCUCCUCCCGCACCUCCCGAACCCCCGAGUCAACGCUUAACUAAAGAACAACUUCUGCCACCUACUCCGAGCGUUUAUUUGGAAAAUAAAAAAGAGGCUUUCUCUCCGCAGCUUCAAGAAUUCUGUUUGAAGCAUCCGAUCGCCGUGAUACGCGGUCUUGCGGCUGCCCUCAAACUUGAUCUGGGCCUCUUCUCGACCAAAACUUUGGUCGAGGCGAAUCCUGAUCACGGUAUCGAGGUCAGAACGCAAAUGCAACAAACCAGCGACGAGAAUUGGGACCCCGUUCAAAGCCGCAAAGUUUGGGGAUGCAUCAGCCAUCGCAGCCACACAACUAUCGCUAAAUAUGCUCAAUACCAAGCCUCCAGCUUUCAGGAAAGCCUCAAAGAGGAAAGAGAAAAAUCCCAGGGCAUUCAUACCGCCAACCUGUCCGACUCGGACUCCAAAGACAGUACCGGCGUUGUCAAACGCAAGAAAAAUGCUUACGGACUCGCCGGACGACCCGGCUCAAAAAUGCUCAGAUUUGGCACCAACGUCGAUCUCUCCGACGAACGCAAGUGGAAAUCUCAGCUUCAGGAACUCAUGAAAUUACCCGCUUUUGCCAGAGUCGUCUCCGCUGGCAAUAUGCUCAGUCACGUCGGUCACGUAAUUCUCGGAAUGAACACUGUGCAGCUCUACAUGAAGGUUCCAGGAAGUCGUACUCCAGGCCAUCAAGAGAACAACAAUUUUUGCUCCAUAAACAUAAACAUCGGGCCCGGUGAUUGCGAAUGGUUUGCCGUACCUGACGCUUACUGGGGCGUCAUUUGCGCCCUCUGCGAGCGCAAUAAUAUCAAUUAUCUACACGGCAGCUGGUGGCCCUCGCUCGAGGAUCUUUACGAGGAAAACAUUCCCGUUUAUAGGUUUCUACAGAGACCCGGCGAUCUCGUAUGGGUUAAUGCCGGCUGCGUUCAUUGGGUGCAGGCAGUUGGUUGGUGCAACAACAUCGCCUGGAACGUGGGUCCCUUGACAGCUCGACAAUAUCAAUUGGCGAUCGAGCGUUACGAGUGGAAUAAAUUGCAGUCCUUCAAAUCGAUCGUACCGAUGGUCCAUUUGUCUUGGAAUCUAGCAAGAAAUAUUAAAGUCUCGGAUCCGAGGUUGUUCGAGUUGAUUAAAAAUUGCCUUCUACGAACGAUGAGACAGUGUUGUUUGAUUCUCGAGUUCGUUAAGAACAAGGGCGUCGAAGUACGGUUUCAUGGCCGCGGAAAAAACGAGGCUUCCCACUACUGUGGACAAUGCGAAAUCGAAGUAUUCAACAUCCUGUUUAUUCGGGAACAAGAGAAACGUCACGUAGUGCAUUGUAUGGAUUGUGCGAGAAAACAGGCGCCUUCUUUGGACGGUUUCGUCUGCCUCGAGGAAUAUCGUAUGCACGAUCUCAUGGAGGUUUACGACGGUUUCAAUUUGCACACUUCGGUGUCGCCGACGAGCCACGGAGCGUCGCAAGCGGCGAGCCAAUCCUCCUGAGGUUAUAUGCAGCACCGAUAUUUGGAUUACCUUGGAACGUUGCAGGAUUAAAAGAAAUAAUUGAAGAGAGAAGAGGAGGAAAAAGGGUGAGGGAACGAAGAAAGGGAGCGCAGCGUUCACGGUUUUUCCGGUAUCCGUGCGGAUAACGUUUUUUUUCCUACGAUAAGCAUUAUCCACGUACCUGAGAGCAACUUUAAGGAAGUUUAAAGAAAAAAAAAGAGCGAAAUUAGCAAGCUCGUAGAACUAGGCAAAUAAAUUCGAAUUCCGGGGAGCUGCGACGUGAAGGGAACGACAAAACUGAAAUUUCGGUAUUUGAUAAUCAUUGGAAAACGGUACGAUCGUUCUCUUGCUAUUUUUAGCUUAUGAAUUUUCCGGGCACUUGAGAAUGCCCUCAUUUUCGUAGCUUGAGAGCAAAUAUUUGUUGGGAUUAGCAACAAAAAAGGUUUGAAAUUUAACGAGAAUAUCGAAUUUCGUUGGAUCGAAUCGAAAGUUAUAAUUUCAAAGUUUUUUCUUCGAAAAAAAGAAACAAAAUUCCCACUACUGUCGACAGUUUGAACGAUCUCGAGAGCGUUUAUUAGCUAGCACGAUUUGUACAAAUGAAUUAGUCUAAUUUGUGACUUCCUCGAUGGUAAAACGAGAGGAAAAGGGCGAGAAAAACAGAAAAGUUUCUCGAUAGAUGCUGGAAUGACGGUCUUUCUUCAGUCCAAAACUUAAUUUCGUUCCUAGAGAAAAGGAGCGGGAAAUCUAUAACCGAGGAAGAAAAAUCGAAGUCGAUGUUUUCCUCAUUCGGGAAAAACGCGUGGAAUUUUCGAGGCUCCAAGCAGCUGGAUCUCUUUCCCCGUUUGUUUUCGUUCGUUCGAAUUUUUAUUUCUCACAACGACCUCAAAAGAAACAAAACCAAGAAACCAACAAUUUUUCUCGGUGGAAUUUGUCACUGCCAAUUUCGCUAUGAAAUACGUAAUUUUAAAACACACACCCACACUCACACAUACGCGAACCAAAAUGCUCAAACGACUGCUCAGAAUACCAAGACAAAAACCCAAAAAAAUAUGAACGAAUAGAAAAUCGAUAAAUAUAUCAUAAAAAAAAUCAUUUCCGAGCAAGAAGUCGUGACGAAAGAACGAAAACGGAGGAAGAAAAAAGCCCCCACGCCCCCGGCCACCGACCUCGCAGGCUCUCGCGAGAUAAUAAAUCGCCGCAAAUUCACAUUUUUGUACCGAACAAAAGAGAAUCUUGUGAAAAGAGAAAAGUUAAUUAUUGGGGGAAAAAAAAAAAACACAAAAAUGAAAGCAACCCAACGAGAAAGAAAAUGGUAAAAAAUGUAAAUUUCGCUUUUGUAUAUUUCACAUCGUAGUUAGAGAUUUUUAAUAGAAAGAAAUAACGAAAGAAAAUAAUGAAGACAAGAACGAAGAGAAGAAAAUUAGCAAAUAUUAAUAGAAAGUGAAAAACUUGUGGAUUCAAUUAUCUCGAGCACUGAAAGAGGAUCGCGUCGAUCCGUAGUGCCAGAUAAAUUAAGAAACAACAAAUUGUUAAAUAUACAAAAAAACAAUCGUGUAAAUUUCAAAUAUUUUCUAAACCUCCCACGAAACAUCGUGAAAUCAUAAUAAUAGUGAUAAACAAAUCUUAAUAACAAUUAAUCGUAACGAUAGAAAUAAUGAUGAUAAAAAUGGUAUUGAAUAUAGUAAUGAACAAUUAAUAAUAAUAAUUCAUCAUAAUAUUAAUGAUAAAAGUAACAAAAACAAUGAUAAUUAAUUAGCUUAGAUCACAUCGUCAGUUCGAUCUUCGAAGGCCCCGGAGUAUUUUUUCAAAAAAACUUUAAAUUGCUCACUCAAACAGACAGACACACACACACACACACGCACGAAAGGCAAAUCCAAAGAAUCAAGCUUCUGCCCAGAAUCAUGAUGGAUGAUUUAUUGACGAAAAAACUGUAAAAAAAUUGUUGAAAUUUUGUCCGAACGGUGCGAGAACGAAAAAAAUGUUUUUUGCAAUGAUUUUAGGUGUAAUUGUACCGAAUAAGUGAACCAAAAUAUUCGGGGAUCGGUAUUUGGAUUUGGAGACUCGAAGAAUUUCGGGAUUUUCAUUCCUUUGAAUUUUUAACUAUUUUUCAAAGAUUGCCAUGUAAAAAUAAUGACGAAAUUACGACUCGGUUGCUGUUUUUUUUAUUCAAAAUAUUUCUCGUUUCUUCAAUUUUUCGUAAGAAAAUUUCGUUCGAAUUCGACGUGUCAAACUUUUUUUUCUUUUUCUUUUUUUUUUUCCUUCAAACGUUUCAUUGAUAAAUCAAUAAAAAAUCGAAGGAUCGUAAAAAUCUCAAAGGCAGCAACGUGAUUGCCAAACGUUUGUAUCAAGGGCCGAAAGUAAAGGAGCGAAUUUGUUUUCCACUAGUGAAAAAACUGCUUGAAAAACUCGAUUCACCCGCGAUAAAGUGAAACGAAAAUUUGGCCAAAACUGAGGUGAUUCGUCGAUGGCCAAACGGUAAAGAGUCUACCGUGAUAAGCCCUCGGGGCGAAAAGAUUUUUCCAGUUUCCUCUGUUCCCCACGCUCUCCCUCGGAAAGAUUCGAAACAGUAAAAGAAAAAACGAUGUAAAAAGUGAGAACGAAAGGAGAUAAACAUUUGACGAGACGAUGCACGCGGAUAUGAUCUCAACGCACGAUAUUGGUAGUCGCUACUUUAUAUACGAUUUGGAAUGAAAACGAAUUUUAAGGGAAACAACCUUUCUGCCAAUAUUACCGAGUUUGACAGCAUCUUCGAUUAAUCGUUUUAUAUUUGCGACUACUUUUUUUCUUUUCUAUUUUAAGUAUGUGUAUAUAUGUAUAUAGAGGAUUGCGUGGUCGAGUGCAAUUACCGUUUAUGUCAAAAGUGCGAAUCUCGUUUUAUUUCGUCGUUAUCGUUGUCGUCAUACGACUUAACGAAUCGCAAUAAUAGUGAAGAGAGAGAAAAGAAAAAACGAAGUGGACGAUAAAUCGCAGCAGGAAUUACAAUUUUUUUGUUUUCCUUUCUUUCUCGUAUUCCUGACCAAUGCACCGGCAACGCAAUACAAUAAUAUAUGUAUAUAUAUGUACACACGACAUAUAUAUAUAUUGAAAUAAUGAAUGAAUCAUAAAAACACGAGUAUAUUUAAUAUAAAUUGUAAUUAUACAUAACGAAAAUAAUAGAAAUUAAAUAAUAAUCGGAGAGGGUGAUGAGAAUUUUGAAAAUUGCGCGAUGCCUUCGAUUAUAAAAUAAUGGAUUAUGAGAAAAAAAAUAGCUCGUCGACUUUCGUUGCGUCGGGCGGGCGGAGCGGAGGGCUGCUCGCGCGAUGGAGAGCUGAAAUUGAAUGAUGCAAUUUUUCAAAAUAUUUAUCAAAAUUGAUGAAUUACGAGAAUUAUCGUUGAUUCACGAAUUUCUACGAUUUUUUUCUCAAGCUUUUCUACUCUCCCCGGGGAGGAGCUCUCGCGCACGGAGCCCGCGAUGCAUUUCUUUUCCCCCGAAAGCCCCUUUAUAGAAUAGUUUAGCCAAGGGAAGAGAGAACGAAAUGAAUUAAAGGGGAAAAAAACGAAAAAAAAACGAAAAAAAAAAAAAAAAUACGAUUGAAAACAACUUUAGAUUUUUAUUAGCUCGUCGAAAUAUGAAUUUCGCUGUACAUACAACAAACACGCGUCACCGUUGUUUUUUUUUUUUUUUUUUUUUUUCUCCUCUCUCUCCAUCCUGAGCGGGGCUUAUUCUCUACUUUCGUUCCGGGCUAGAAACGGAAUGAACAACAUUCAUAUUUAUAUUAUAUUUGUAAAGGUAAAAGAAGAAAUCGAGUGAGAAAGAAGAGAAAAAAGUGAAGGAAGCAUUGCAAAAUACUGGGCUUUUACGAUGAAAGAGAAAACGAGAAUAUUUCUUCGAUAUUUACUCUCGUAUUUUGAUAAUAAACAUGGCGAAAGAGAAUUUAAAAAAGCGAUGGGAAAAUAAUAAAAUGAGAAUGAGAAAUCAUGACUUUUGGGGGUGGGGACGUUGAAAUAAUCACAUUUUCUCGCAGUUUUGGUCGAUAAGGUGUAAAUUAAAUGAGAAAAAUGAAGAAAAAGCCACGAAGAAAAAAAAAACAGGUUAUAUUUUCGCUAAACGAGAUUUUCAUUCGAUGGAAGAAAAAAUAAAUAAAUAAAAAUGGAACGUGAAAAUGAGGUAAAUUACGAAAUCUACGAUCUAAUGAUAAAUCGCGUAUUUCUAUUGAAAAUAAAGCUUAAAGAAGAAAAAACACGUGACGAAAUGAGCAAAUAGAUACGCGAAAGGACAAAAGAAAUAACCACGAAACACACACACACACACAAAUACGAAGAUUUUAUUUUUCUUUCCGAACGAGGAAAUAUCAUAUUUUCUAAUUCAUCUGUAAUUAAACGAUAAAUACCAAUUACGAGAAAAAUGCAAAUAUUAUGAAAUAAAAGUAAUAAAGUGAGCGGUGGAAAAAGAUUGGAGAGAGUGCGGCGGCGAGAGACGCGAAAAAUGUAAUAAAGAAUGAUAAAUAAUUUAAAUAGCUCCGGUUACGAAACUUUAUAACUGUAUUUUCACGCGAUGAAAGAUAAAAAAAAAAAACGAAAAAAACGAAAAAAAUGGGGACAACAUUCACUGCCAAAUUGUGAUACACGAGGCCCACCUUAAACUUUUUUUUCUCCCCCCAGCCCUUUCCCCCUCGAAUUUUGGAGCGUUUUUUCUCUUUCCGUUGGUUGCAUCGAUCAGAAAAUAUCAGUUACCAAGAUGUUUAUUCGCCCGCCCCCCCCUUAAAGUCCAAAAAUUUUUAAUCGUUGCAACUCGAAACGAAAAAUCGCUCCGCACGGUGAAGAAAAAAGACGUGAAAAAAAAGAUUCAGCUAGGAAACUUGGAUUUACUUGGAUUUUUUUCGAAAUGCCUCCAAACGAAUAUGCCGGUAAAUGAGAAAUUCUCUCGAUAGGGAAGAAUGGAAAAAAAAAAAAAAAACGAAAAAUUGCGAGAGAAUCGAUAAAAUAAAAAGCACACACGCCAAGUAUUUUUUUUAAUAUUCGAAUAACCCGAAGCGCUCUUUUUAAAUAUACAUAAUAAAGAUCCGUGUGUGUGUGCGCGUGUGUAUGUGCUGUGUGCGAAUGUAAAUUUACAGUGCCUUCAAUCAUUGACGAUAUAGAACUAAAGAGAGACCGAAAGAUUUUCUGGACCGGACGAAAUUCCGGUUGAUCGAUUAAUAUUGACUUGAAAAAACUCGAUUCACUCGAUCAAUCGUUAUUCCAAAGGCGAUUCUUUAUCGCGUGACGCGUCCAGAAAAUAAUCUCAUUGGCCACACAACCCUCGUAAUAUUCGCUAAAAAUACACAAAGAUAUGGAGAAAUAAGAAAACAAUGGAAAUCCAAGACACUGAAAAUUGCCUUUGUCGCUAGAAACUCUUUUUUUUCUAUUCUUACUUUUCCUCCUUCACUUAACGAAGUCACAUAUGCAUUAUUAUGUGAUAUCUCUCCGGAGUUCGGGUUCAUCCAGAAACAUUGUUUUUUCACGAACGAAGAAUAAAAAUAAUGAGGAAAAUGGCAUUCGUUGAA